UGCGCCCAUGUGCAGGAAAGUGACAAGCCGGUUGAUACAGCAUUUAACUAAAAUUUCGGCGCUACGACUCCAAUAUCCUGGUCAAAGCUACUGCAAAAUUCUUUCAUAUACCAAAAAUACAAUAUGCACAAAACCAAGACGAUCAGCUGUAAACAAAAAUCCUGAAACUCGACGUUUUCACGGAAGUGUCACACCACUGAAAGUGUUGGGCAUUGAAACAAGUUGCGAUGACACGGGUGCAGCUAUUGUCGAUGAAGACAGAAAUGUCUUGGGGGAGGCACUCAACUCCCAAACACAAGUCCACGUCCAGCAUGGUGGCAUCAUCCCAACAGUUGCUCAAGAUCUCCACAAAAUAAAUAUAGAAGAUGUGGUUACUGAGGCUCUGGAGAAGGCAAAUAUGACCAUAAAGGAUGUUGAUGCUAUAGCAACCACUGUGAAGCCAGGAAUGGGGCUGUCAUUGAGGAUAGGGCUGGAAUAUGGGAAGAAACUUGUAAGAGAGUCUGGAAAACCAUUUAUUCCAAUUCACCAUAUGGAAGCCCAUGCACUUACAGUACGCCUGAUUGAAAAGGUUGACUUUCCAUACCUGGUAUUUUUACUGAGUGGUGGCCACUGCUUGCUGGCAGUGGUAAGAGAUGUAGAAGACUUCUUACUUUUAGGCACAACCCUAGAUGACGCACCUGGAGACGUUUAUGAUAAGGUUGCCAGGAAGUUGAACUUAAAAUUGGUCCCAGAAUGUCAUGGUCUCAGCGGGGGUGCAGCAGUUGAAUUAUUGGCUCAGAAAGGUGACCCCACUGCCUUCGAAUUUCCACAUAUCAGGACACAGCAUCGAGACUGCAACUUCUCCUUUGUUGGGAUUAGAACAUUUGUGGAGAGACUCAUAGAGAUGGAAGAAGAAAAAUUUGGUAUUAAAGAUGGCAGCAUUCUGCCAAACGUUAGCGAUGUGUGCGCCAGUUUUCAAUACUGUGUUCUCAGACAACUGGCAAAACGCCUCCAGGUGGCACUGCUAUAUUGCGAAAUUAAAUCCUUGUUGCCUGUGGAAAAUAAAAUGUUGGUCUUGUCUGGAGGUGUAGCAAGUAACAUGUUUAUCAGGCAGGGUCUUUCUAAACUAUGCAGACAGCACAGCUGUCAUGUGGUGUGUCCACCUCCUAGACUGUGUACAGAUAAUGGAGUUAUGAUAGCUUGGAAUGGUGUAGAAAAAUUUAGCAGAGGUCUAGGGGUAGUCAGUGACUUUGAAUCGGUCCGCUUUCAACCAAAGUCACCACUUGGGGUAGAUAUGAUCUUGGAUGUACAGUCGUCAUACAUCAAACCAAACAAGGUUAAUUUACUUGACAAACAUGCUGAAUGAAAAAAAAGGACAGUCUUGCUCAGAAAAACUUUCUACUGCUAGUGUCCAAUUUAAUUUUAUGGUUUUAUCACAUCCAAAUAUCCUGUACUAGAGAGAAGGGGGAGAGAUGUUCCUGACAACCCAUGUAAAUUGAGCAGUUUUUGGAAAAUAUUGAAAUUGGAAUGCUAUAACUGCUUAAUUUUGCUGUAUGAUUAGUAUAUCCAUUCCCAUGAUUGGUUAAAUUUAUCCAUCCAUUUUGUUGGCACGUAUAUUGAAUGAUCAUUAGAUUGAUUUAUUUAAAAUUCAAAUAAUUGUGAUUAUCAUUGAAAUAAAAGCUUUGUGAUCGA